UUUGAAUCCCAUGACGGCACUUCAAACCUUUUUUACUUUUUUCAUUUCAAUCUUUUUGUUGAGCUCUCUUUCUCUCUCUCUUUUUUCCUCUAUCAUCCUUUUAUAAAUACUGAUGCGAUCCUUUAUAUUACUUGCCACAUCAGUUCUAUCAGUAUUGGCUGCUGAUGAAAAAGUGGAAACUGUUACUACUGCCACGCCAGUUCCUCCUCGACCAUUUGUUUGGACUGAUUUUAUCACGGAAAUUGUAGUUAUUGGCUUUCUGGCUUUAUAUGUUCUUAUUUGGUGGCAAGGUUCACGUAGCAAUUUGUCUCAAGCAACAAAAUGGACAAAUGCGAAUGUGAGAUACUUUGAAGAACAAUUCUCUUUAGUGGGCAAUAAAGCAAACAAUAAUAAGGUCACAUUAGUGAAGGAUGGUCCUGCUGAUUAUUUGUUGUAUACUUCUGGUCGACGCAAUGUUCAAUUUGGUCACUGGUGGCUCAAACUCAAACCUAGAAAUGAUCCUGUUACUCAUUUAUUGACGUUUUUGUUCUCCUUGGUUCAAUGGGUCAAACCUGUCAAGGAUCGUGUGAAUGUGACAUUGACUUUGGACAAAGAUAUUAUCAAUCACAAAUUUGUGUUUGCUAUUUUGGACAAAUCUAUUGCAAAGGAAACUCAUGAAAAACGCUUUGAUUUGUUCAAAAUGACCAAGAUUGCUACAGCUAAUUUACCUUCUCAUUUGGUCAUCUAUGCUGAAUCACAAAAGUUGGCUGAACUUUUACUCAAUGGAAAGACUGGUGAGAUUUUACGUCAAUCAUCUGGUCUUGAAUCAUUAGUGAUCACUUAUUUGCCUGAAUACGAACCUGAACGAUUGAAUUCUGAUAAGGAAUUAAAGAUCUCUUUGGUGUAUGAUCUUAAAAACACUAACUCCUCUCCUCUGGUUGAAUUACCUUGCGCUUUUGCUGAUACCAUUGGAAGUUUGAAUCUUCCUGGUGAUGUAACAAGCAAAUUAAACAAGAACAAAGCCGAACUUCAAAAGAUCUUUGCCAAACGAGAAGCUGAAGAUCGUGCAGAAGAACUUGCAAAGAAGAAAGCUGAAGAAAAACGUGCUCAAGAAGAGCGUAUCAAGAACCUUAGUCCCGCUGAACAACGAAAAUAUGAUGAAAAGGAACGCAACCGUGAAAAGAAAAGGGAAUUGAAGAAACGCACCAAACGCGCAUAGGAAUAGGACACUUUUUGGUAUCUAGUGGUUACAUCAUAUGUAGAAUAGUAGUAGUAGUAGUUUAUAAAUUAUUGUCAUUUUUGGAUUUCUUGAUGAAAUUGUAGUCAAUAAAAAAAAAAAAAGUUAAUUGAGG